AUGGGACUGCUGAUCAACGUGAAAGCGCUUGCUUUGCUGUUGCUGCUCCAGAUACCCGCCAUCUCCGCGGUCAGCUGGGAGGAAUGGUGGACGUACGAUGGCAUCUCGGGUCCUGCCUUCUGGGGUCUCAUCAACCCGGAGUGGUCACUCUGCAACAAAGGUCGACGGCAGUCACCCGUCAACUUAGAACCGCAACGGUUGUUGUUCGAUCCGAACUUGCGCAUCUUGCACAUUGACAAACACCGGAUCAGCGGUACGAUCGCCAACACCGGUCACAGCGUCAUCUUCACCGCAGACAACGAGACGACGUCGGCAUAUGGGACGCCACAGAUUCCGGUCAAUCUAACUGGUGGGCCACUCUCUUACCGGUACCGGUUCCACGAGAUUCACAUCCACUACGGUCUGCACGACCAGUUCGGCUCGGAGCACAGCGUCGAAGGGUACACCUUCCCGGCGGAGAUCCAGAUCUUCGGCUACAACUCGCAGCUGUACGCGAACUUCAGUGACGCGCUGUACCGGGCACAGGGUAUCGUGGGCGUUGCUGUACUGCUGCAAUUAGGUGACCUAUCUAACCCGGAGUUGCGCAUGCUGACAGAUCAGGUCGACAAGAUCCGGUACGGUGGUGACGAAGCACCAGUUCGCCGGAUCUCCGUAAGAGAUCUUCUGCCUGACACCGAACACUACAUGACGUAUGAAGGAUCUACGACGGCACCUGCCUGUUAUGAGACUGUCACCUGGAUCGUCAUGAACAAGCCCAUCUAUAUCACCAAGCAACAGUUGCACGCCCUUCGGAGGAUGAUGCAGGGCGCGCCAGACCACCCGAAGGCACCACUCGGUAACAACUUCCGGCCACCGCAACCCCUGCUACACCGUCCUGUUCGGACGAAUAUUGACUUUCGGAACAAACCGGAAAAAGGGGGAAAAAUAUGUGCAACUAUGUACAAGGACGUUCACUAUAAAGCUAAUAGCUGGAAACACAACUGAGCAGUCGAAGAAAGACACCUCGAACGAGCCCGGCGACGAUAGCCUGAUCGUGUUCGAGUCGUGAAGGGCCCACCAGGGCGAAGG